AUGUCUCGCAAUGGCACUGCAGGAGACGAAGAGGAGGACUAUAUGUCCAUGGUGAUUGAGGAGCCAAAGCAGAAGGAGACAUUUACACAGCGCAAACUCCGGAAACAGCGAGAGGCAGAAAAGCGCGCAAAAGUCCCCUCGAAAGCGGAACGCGCCGCUCAGGAAGCCGCCCGACGAGAUGAGGCCUUGUCCACCAGCACCCUCGACCCAUCCAAUAAGGGGUUUCGCAUGAUGGCGAAAUUAGGGUUCAAACCGGGUGAUGCGCUAGGAAAACACCCAUCCCCGGUGGAUAGCUCUAAUACGACUGGCAUGGAUGGUGAUCCCUCCAAUCCUGCCAACAAUCGACGUCGCACGGAACCGCUCAACCUGGUUUUCAAGGAGGGCAGAGGUGGUAUUGGGCUGGACAGCGAGAAAAAGCGUAAGAUGAGAGAGGAGGCAGAAGAAGCAGUCAAGAAAAUUAAACACGAAGAAGGAGAUUACCGGGACCGGGUACGGAUCGAACGAGAGACAAGACGGGCGGAGGCACAGAUACGCGCGGCACAGAGCGUUGCGGAGAGGUUAGACACGGAAGCAGAGGCUGAAGAAGAAGAUAGUGAUGGCGAUGGUGGUGAAGCAAAGCAAACCUGGGCCCCAGAGGAAGACUCAACCUCCGAACCGUCGGGAACAAGCACCACGCGACCCAAGGUGAAAGUGAAGGUGAAACCGAUAUCGCAAAUAAACGUCCUCUACAGGGGUCUAGUACGCGAACGUGAAGAAAGAGAGCGCACCACACAUGUCCGGCAUGCGUUACAGACCUCUUUACCAUCAUCUUUCUUCCCAAACCUCCGAUUACCAGACUAUGAUGACCCAACUCUUGAACGAGAAGACAAGCAAGCGCUCGGCGGCACACACGACCUGUCUACUAUCCUCGAACAGGAAUUGGACGAAGAAGACCCCGAGCUUGAUGCUUUCAACGCUCUCGAACCCAAACAACGACUCAUGAAGCUAGUCAUGUAUCUACGCGAGAAAUAUCGAUACUGCUUCUGGUGCAAGUAUCGCUACGAGACCGACGAAAUGGAGGGAUGUCCAGGGGUGACAGAGGAGGAUCAUGAUUGA